AUGCCCAACUCACACCAGACCAGAGCUUUAAGGCCUCAUACGAAAUCCAAGAGUGGAUGCAAGGCGUGCAAAGUCCGCAAAGUCAAGUGUAGCGAAUCGCGUCCAUCAUGUACAUCGUGUCUCCGGCGAAAAGAGGCAUGCGAAUAUGACUACGAGCGCAUUCGAUUCCGGCACGUGAGACCAGUCUCCGAGAACCAAGAUACAGCUUUGUCUACAUCAGUAUCCGUAUCAGCAGCGCCAUCUCCAGGUCUAGCUCUAGCAGCGCGUCUAGGCUCAAGCUCACCAACUCCGCCCUACAGCUCCGUCGGCGGCGAUUUCAGCUCAUGGAUCGAAGGCGAGUCGACCGAGCGGCGACUCCUAGAACUGCGACUCCUGCACCACUUCACCUCGUGCACAGUCCAGAGCGGCUUCCCGGGCUGCCACGACGAAGUGAUCUUCGAAAUGUGGUGGCGUGACGCACCUGCGCUGGCGCUGAAACACACGUUCCUCCUCAACAUCAUCAUCUCCAUCGCCGCGCUGCACAUCACCAAGAUCCACCCGGAGCAAGCCGAGAUGGCCGAUACGCACCGUGUGUAUUUCAACGCUGCGGUCGCUGGACUCCGUUGCGCUGUCAGGGACAUCAAUCCUGGAAAUGCGGAGGCGGUGUGUAUCUCCAAUGUCCUGAUCGCGUUACCGUCUUUCAUACUGCUGCAGAAAUCAGAUCUGCAGACGUAUUCGCCGCCGCUGCAGCUCUUCUCGCUUCUUGCUACUAAUAUACCGUUGUUCAAAUCAGCGUGGCAUUUUCUGCCUUUAGGUAGCAAGGUAUAUACAUUUACGACGGCUAAACCGCAUAUUAUGGAAUUCCUCGUGGACACGCGGAAAGAUAUAUACCGUGAGCCAUUUCAGGCAUUCCUGGCCUGGCGCGCGGUUGGCGAAGUCGUGGAUCAGGAGAGCCAAGAGGCGUAUGAAUUUGCCAUGGGCUUUGUCGGGUGUAUCCUGGCCAAUAUAGAGAAGCAACUUGAGGCGUCGCCAUUGCGGCGAUUGCUGUAUAGUUUCCCCACCUUGGUGCCAGCCGUGUUUGUCGAACGGCUCAAGGAGAGGAAUCCAAGAGCUUUGACGGUACUGGCUUAUUACUUCUGUCUCGCGAAAGCCAUGGAUAACGUGUGGUGGAUGAGGGGCAUUGCUGAGAGAGAGGUGUUUGGGAUUCAGAGUCUACUGCCCGAGGAGUGGCAGUGGGCUAUGUCUUGGCCUUUGCAGAAGAUUGCCGGGUUUGCUGCUUCGGGGAUGCCUCCGAUUAGCUGA